CGGGAUGUUUCAUAAAGACAAUACACGAGUCAGUAUUUGGUACAUGAAAAUCUAAAUCUAAGGACCUAGGUAGUGUACCCCGGUAUACCCAAUAUCCGUGUGACUGGGCUUCUGAUUGGGCAUGUAUUUAGUUUUGUGUUAACAUAGUGGUGUUUCUGUUGCCAGAUGCACGUCUAAUGACUACCCAAGCCACAGUACUAACCUCUCGGAACCUCCACGAGUGACCAGGACACCAUUUGCGUGGAUCUCACCCAACCUAUCAGGCGUCUCUCCGCAGGAUAACAUCAUCCCAAUGUCAAGGAACAGCAUAACCGACGUCAGGCAACGCCUUUUCCGACAGGUCUUCUCAUUCUCGUCUGCGUCCAGCGACACCUCCGUACCUAACAACGCCAACAUGACCUUCAACCCUGCUUCUGCACCCACCACAUCGUCUCCAAAGACAUUGAUGAGGAGCCUAAUCUGGCGGAGAGCAUCUUGUCAGAAGAGAUGAGACCCGACUCUGGAUUUUCAAGUCUCCCAUCCUUUGACGGCAAGACCUGUUUCAACCAGUACCAGAAGCGCUUCGAGGACAGACUAGUUGAUGUCAUGGUGAAUAUUCUGGCUAAGGUUGAACCUAUCUCAGAUGUGCCGCAUCGAGACUCGGAGCGAUCCAAGACCGUGAAAUCAACUCCCAGUCUACCGGAUAUCUCGCCAUUUCCAGCCCCGAUUGGCUUCCAGUCGCCCGAAGAGAUUUGUGUCUACUCAGCUGUCCCGGCAUCAUCUUCUCCAGUUGACGACGUCUUUUCCUCUUUGCCGCCAACACGUCUGCAAUCUACAGCCGUCUCUGCUACGCCAUCGUCGAAUUCAGCAUCCUUUUCCAACAUCUCUGACAUUUUAACAGACUUUUUAGACUUUUUCCCUGAUGCCCCACCUCCAUCACCAUGUUCCUCAGUCUUCACACUUCCAGGAUCUCAAUCUUCAAUCUCCUCUGACGUCCUCUCUUCAACAUCGACGCCAUCCCCACAGCUACAUCACGACAACAAGCAGCAGCAACCAUCACCAUCACCCGUCUUUAGUCAUCUCGUGGACCCGACCUCGAAGAAAUCCAGAGAGUGCAAGAUCUGUCACAAGAUCCUGGCUAGCGCCUCAAACCUCCGGAUUCACAUGCGCAUCCAUACGGGGAACGUCCUUACCUUUGCCUAUUCUGCUUCAGAGACUUCCGGGACCGUACAACCUUCCGACGCCAUGAGAGGCUCCACACCGGCAAACCAUUCGGGUGCAAGGCUUGCAGCAAGGCCUUCGUUACCAGGAGCGAUCUGAGACAUCACAUAAACAAACACCACAGUAGCUAAAGAUGGACCAUUGGAGUACUGGUUGACAUACCCAAAUUUACUUGAGAUUAUGUCUUGUGUCUCAUUAGGGAUCUUGUAGCUACUCGUGGCUAUGAUGUUUCUUGGCAACGGUUGGCGGCCUGGGUUAGGGCAUGACCAAGAGCAUCCAGAACUGAGACUUACUCUUGUGUAACUUCUUCACAGAGAAUCCAUGUAUCACAUAGUGAAUCAAUUGAUCUAAUCAUGAUACCAACUGAUGUCCAUCCAGUUCUCCGUAUGUAUAUUUCCUGACGGUGUAUAUAUUGCCAUCUCCCUCGAUUGUAUGUAUGUAUAUAUACCUUUAUGUAUAUACUUGAAUGUUCAAAAUACAAAAAAUACGAAAUAACCUUGUUUCUUUGACGUUAUUUUCCCCAUGCUGCGUUGUGAAUUGUAUCCUCAGUACCAAAACCAUGUAACUUCACAGACUCCGGAAGUCUUUUGACAUUAGUUAAGUAAUCCUAUUGAUAAUACAAACUUGUUCAGAGCGUAUUUACAGCUGAGGGCAACAUCAACACAUUAAAUCAUGGAUACUCACACAAGAUCAAAAUAUGAAAAAAUAUAUUUAUUUUACAAACUCAUAUAUAAAUGAUUGCUAUUAACAAUGCUGAUAAGUGUACUGUUAUGAUCAUACAAUUCAAACAUGAGACAUUCUAACAUAAGUAACAAACACAACAGU